GUACAGACAACUGAUCCAAUCGUCUCACCACUCAAUCCCAUUGACAGCUGAACAUCACCCGACGGAUCAGCUAUGCUUAACAUACAGUCGCGUUCACUGAAUCCGGUGAAUAUACUGAAGGGCGAGGCGGAGGAGGAGAAGGCAGAGACGGCACGCCUGUCCUCAUUCAUCGGCGCCAUCGCCAUCGGAGAGCUCGUGAAGUCCACGUUAGGGCCCAAAGGGAUGGACAAGAUAUUGCUGUGUGAGGGCAGGAAUGAGGGCAGAGUGGAGGUGACCAACGAUGGGGCGACCAUUUUGAGGGCUGUGGGCGUCGACAACCCGGCGGCCAAAGUGUUGGUCGACAUCUCGAAGACACAGGACGAGGAGGUGGGAGACGGGACGACAUCCGUAGCCGUAUUGGCGGCGGAACUGCUGAAAGAGGCGGAAACCCUCGUCUCUAUGCGACUGCACCCGCAGACCAUCGUCUCGGGGUGGCGUAAGUCAGUGACGGCCGCGCGCGCAGCGCUUGAGUCGGUCGCCACCGACAACAGCGCCGACACCGAGCGCUUCCAGUCGGACCUCAUGAACAUCGCCCGCACGACGCUAUCGUCGAAAAUCCUGUCCCAACACAAGGACUUCUUC